AUGUCUCCCUUCGAGUAUUCAACGCCUUUAAGCUACAUCGGCCUCGCAACCGUCAGCUACAUAACCUACAAGUUCACCUCGCAAGCAACAACCUUCCUCCUCCCCUCAACCCUAAAAAGCCGCUAUAACCCCAACCUAAAGGCCAACUGGGCCAUAGUAACUGGCGCGACAGACGGCAUAGGCUUCGGCUUCUGUCAAGAACUCUGCGCGCGCGGGUUCAACGUCAUCCUCCAUGGACGCAAUGCCGCCAAGCUCGAAAAACGGCAGCGCGAACUUGGGGCCGAGUUUCCCGAUGCCAAGACCGGAUCGUUGGUUUUGGACGUUCAGGCGCUGAAGAAGGAUGAUGUGGACGGUAUCGCUGAUCAAGUGCGCCUUAUUAUUGAGAAAGGCGGAGGCGGGAUGUUGACGGUGCUGGUUAAUAAUAUUGGAGGCGAGACGAAGGCUGCUGCUAUGUUGAGUGAGUUGACGUAUGAGGAUGUUGAUGCGACGUUUUGUCUGAAUGCCGUGUUCAUGACUCAGCUCUCGCGCGUCUUGAUGCCUGUUUUGGGAGGCAACGGUGUCCCUGGUCUUAUACUUAAUGUUUCUUCUGUUGCGGCUAUAGGGCUGCCCUAUAUCACGGUGUAUAGUGGGGCCAAGGGGUAUGUCGAGUCUUUCACGGGGGCACUAAGUGCAGAGAUGAAGGCUGAGGGGAAGAAUAUUGAGGUGAUGGCGUUGAAGUCUGCGGAGGUGCAGAGUGGUGGCUAUGACAUCCCGACCAGUCUGUUUGUUCCUACAGCGAGGACUUUGGCGUCGGCGGGAUUGAAUCGGGUUGGAUGUGGGAGGGAGAUUGUUUGGGCGUAUUUCUGGCAUUGGGUGCAGGGGAUUUCUAUGGAUGUUUCGCCGAGGUGGGUGUUGAUGAAGUUUUCAGCGAUGAAGCUAAAGGCGAUCCGGGAGUGGAUGUUGGAGAAGGAGAAGAGAAAGAAGGCUUGA